UAAUAUUUCUAUAAAGAUCUUGACAAACUCAUUGGAAAUACACCUAAAGCGGUUUUCAUGAGGAUCAGAGAUUUUAGGAAAAUGUUCCUUUUCCCUGUGUUAAUGUGUUGGCUUUCUUUCUUUAAUGUUCAUGCCAUCGUUGCUGGUAGAUGUGUUUCACCAGACGUCGUGGUGAACGGAUUAAGGAUACCGCAUGGAGAAGAGAUGGAUUUUAGCAGUAUUCAGGAAAUACAUUUCUUUGGAAUCCAUAGAAUACCUGAGUAUAAACGUAUCUGCAAGAUAAAGUGUGUGGAUGGAGCUUGGAUUGGACCUUUGUGCACUAUUGAAGAAAACAAGAAUACUCUCCAGCCUUUAUUUCGACAGUGUUUCCUGAGGCCAGCAGAUGCUGAGCUGAUAAUAACCCACGCAGGAAUAUCUCUUACAGUCGAUCAACAAAUCAAACUUCCCCAUGGCAGUAUACUGAGCAUGCGCUGCAGCGAACUAGGGAUGUACAAGUUUGUGGGUAAUAGAACCGUACAAUGUGUGAAUGGACACUGGAGCUCUACAAUACCACAUUGUGUUCCAACUACAUUACACAGGAAUUUUUCAGAUGAAGCACCGCCCACAAUUACAUACCUCGUGGCAGCUGGAGAAGUAGGAAUAACAAAGCAAGGACAACUUGUAAUCUUACCAGAAAGUAUCGUGCAUUUUGACUGCUUGUUUCGUCGUAACCUUGGUAACCCAGAAUGGACCUGGACAACUCAACAAAGACAGUAUCCAUGUGGUUGGGCAAUUUCAUCGAAGGAACGUAACUGGAAGUAUCGGUUGUCCAUCGUUUAUGCUAAUAUUCAAGAUACUGGAACUUUUGCGUGCAAGACGCCUCGUGGUUACAGCAACUCCAUUGAUGUUGUAGUAAAAGGUGUUAGCUGUCCACCAAUUCAAGCUACUGACCACAAGCGUUUAAUGGCUAUCGAAGGAACUCGACUUCACAGUAAAGCUAGGUUUGCCUGUUUGGAAGGAUAUGUACUUCGGGGCGAAGAGGAACUAACUUGUACAGCAUCAGAGGAGUGGUCUCACGUGCCUCCCUUGUGUCAAGCUAUUCAAUGUCCACCUUUGGCAGUGGAGUCGCGCCAUCUUGUGGCCAGCACACGUAAUCGUACUUUCGGCACACGUGUCAACUUCAUCUGUACUUGGGGCUAUCGAUUAGUUGGCUCUUCAUCAUUAAGAUGUCUGAAGAACCAGAGAUGGUCAGAUUUUCCUCCAGUAUGUGAAGUAAUAGUAUGCAAGCCGCCAAUACCUCCAGAAAAUGGUCGAGUUUUAGACGGAGGGCACCACCUAGCGGGAGACAUGGUAACUUACACUUGCCAUAUUGGAUUUGUUCUUAUUGGAAGCUUCAUGGCCAUGUGUAACGACAAAGGAGAGUGGUCACACCCAACACCAAUGUGUCGACGUUCUUGUGAAUACCCUGGUCAACCACCUAAUGGUUAUGUUGUGCCAAUCAAAUUUCAGUAUGAUAUUGGUGAUUUUAUUGUUGUGAGAUGUAACAAGGGUUUUCGUCGACUUGGGCCCAAGAACCUUCGCUGUGAUCGGUCGGGACUCUGGUCCAGCCAUCUUCCUCAUUGCAGACCCUACGACACGUAAUUGUUUAGUGACUGCUAUAAUUUUCGUAUUGUGACUGGCGCCAUCUUGUGAGAAUGUAUAGAUAUACGAAAUGUGACAAUAUAACGCAAUUGAUAUGUUUCGUUACUAUGUAUACAUAAAGUGUCCAUACAACAGUUCCAUUUGAUCUCAUUAGUAUUUUUGUUUUUAAUGAUGAUACAUAACAGUAGUAUCUUCAAAAGUUGAUGAACUCUAAU